AUGGACAGCGCACAACACGCAAAGCCGCAAAUGCUAACCUCGCAGGUGCAGCAAGGCAUGCGCACACUUUCCUGCAACUCGCUUGCACUCAUUUCAAUUAUCGCAACCUUAGCCCAUCUCCUGAAUCCAGCAGCUGCCGCCGCACUGGCCCCGCUGCAUCCGGUAUCUGGAUUGCUCACGCAGUUUCAGGGCAGGGCCGCUCAAGACCUUCUGCAAACCCCGUCUGCCGAACAAGCCGCGGCGAUGUCAGAUAUUGGAUCAGACAUGGACAUGCCUUCGCUGGUAGCCACCCCCUAUGUCCGCGAUGUAGCUGGCAUACUUCCAAACUCUCACAUACGACUGACAUCUGCCGACACCCUGAGCGAUACCAAGAUUUUUGUGCUGCUGGCUGCCAUUGUAUUCAUUUUUCUGAUUGCUCUGGGAGUAGCCAUGGCUCGUGUUUCACGAAACCGCAACCAAAGACACACCGAGCAUAUUCGACAGCAGAUUGUGACGGCGCACAGACCACCAGAAACCCUGAACAGAACGAUACUCGAUUUGCUCCCUGUAUAUGAGGUCACAGAGAAAAAGCAGCUGCGGAAAAUCAGUGCAUUCUGCUCGCCGAGGGUUGCAUUCAACGAGUGCUUUGCUGACGACGCUUCAGAUUACAGCAGCGACGACGACAUCCCUAUCGGUAUGAGGUACAAUCCAAGAAUCCCAAUGCAAAAAUUCAGCCCCGGGAUAUCAGAGCCGCUCUCGGGUGGAUACGGCUCGGAGUCGGCAAACAACAUGCAGUACACGGCCGCUGCUGCCAGCCAUUACUACCGGAGUUCCUUCCCUAAUUCGCAUUUUGCUGAUGGUAACUGUGAUGCAGAUGGCGACGUUGAAAUGACCGAGUGGGCGACCAGUGGCGCCCCCAAAAUGCCCGGGAAGUGGCCUAUGCCGCGGAUCAUGCACAUGUCACCCUCUUCGAUUGAGCCACCGCCUUCUGUGGCACGCAGCUGGUUCAAGCACUCCACUGGCACCAACCUCUACAAGGCAUUCUAG